UUCACCUCGAACCCUCUUUUCACUCCAUUCACUUCACAUCAGAAAGUUCCCAAAUCCUUUGAACCCUAAAUCUCAAAUUCACUUUGUAAAUCCUUAAUGGGGAAUUUCAGUCAGCUCCCUUCGGACAUUCUAUUAGACAUAAUUACUCGUUUACCGGCAGAAUCAGUGUUGGAUUGCAAAUUAGUUUGCAAACCCAGGAAAAAUCUGGUUUCUCACCAUCCAUCUUUCGUUCAGUUGCAUUCAACUCGUCUUCUCGAUGAUUCUUCUGAUUCUGCUGGUGAGUUAAGCUUUCUUGUUUCCAGUUAUUUUGGACUUUACUACUUUAAGUAUGAUGAUGAAGAUGAUACAUUUCCUAUUCGUACUUUUAGAAUGAUCAAUUUAACCCCUCCAUAUCGAUCUCAUGAAAUUAAGGUUCUUGGCUCUUUUAAUGGUUUAGUAUGUCUCCAUGGAUGGGACGAUCAUUAUUUUUAUUGUAUAUGUAACCCCGUUACCAAAGAGUAUGUUAUGCUACCAAAAAUUGAGAAAGAUUAUCCUGUACACGAUGUUAAGUGGUCAAGAGGAUUUGGUUACCUUCCUUUAACAAAUGAGUAUAAAGUUGUUCAAUUCAUGGUGAGGAAAGAAUAUAAGUUUCCAGAAUCUGUUGUGUUUACAGAAGCUUUUGUAUACACUCUUGGCAGUGGGAACGGGUGGAGAAAUGUUGGGAGGUUGGAUUAUGAAGGUUGCUACAUGUAUGAUGGAUGUCGUGUUUAUGCUGAAUUUGGUGUCUUUCUGAAUGGAGUGUUGCAUUGGGCUCAUAUAGAAGGAGGAAAGGUGUUGACCUUGGAUUUGGCUGAGGAGAAGCUUGAAUAUCUUUCACCACCUCCUUUGCCACUAGAUGGCGGUAAUAGGUAUAGAUAUUCUAUGGGGGUUUUGGAUAGGGUUUUAUAUUAUGCUAUGAGCCAGGCUACCAGAGAUUUCAGUCAAACCGAAUCGACGUAUUGUGACAUAUGGCUACUGAAAAAUAACAACGAUAUUUCUGACGCAGAACAAGAGCAUUUGGGUUGGAGUAAAGAGUUUAGUCUUCCUGAAAGAGAACUAUUAGCCUUUACCAAGAGUGGUGGUAUUUUAUGUUUUGGUUAUAGGUCUCUUAAUAUAUAUGACCCAGUAGCUUCAUCAUUGGAAACGCUUGCGGAUUUUAAUGUAUUCCAACAAAUAAUCCAUUUCAAGACCACCUUUGUUCCAUUGAAGGGAUUAGCAGGAGAAGAAGAAGAUAUAAAGUUUAUGGAGUCGGGCUACGUUGAGAAGAAGUCAACUGAGAUUGAGGGUGAAGUGCUGACAUUCGAGCUGUAUAAGAUACAUGACCUUCAAGAGCUUCAUCAUCCCUCACCCUAAUGAUACUUGCCUUCUUGCUGAAUCACUUGAUUCACGUCAGCAGUUUCAUCUCUAAAAAUGAGAACGCUUCGGCACCUCAGUAUGAGCCAACAAAUCGCUGUUGGCAGUAAUUCAGUAAAGGCCACAGCUUCUUAGCGAGAGGAUGGAUAAUAUUGAAUCUCCUAACUUAAUAAUUGAGUCUAUAUAAUCCAUAUCGUUCUCCCCAGUUGAGAUUGAGUUAGUACACCUUGAAUGAAAGGAUUAGCAGCAGAAGAAGAAGAUAUAAAGUUUAUGGUGUCAGGUACGUAAUUAAGGAGUCAGCUGAGAUUGAGGGUAAUUUCCAGACAGUCAAGCUGUAUAGGAUACAUGGUAAGUUUCGCUGAGCUUCUGAAGUAAACUCAUGUCACUGUGUUCUUUUAUUGGUUUGAACUUGAGAUUGCAUAAACCUUUUCACAUUGUCUUGAUGUCUAGCUAUUACAUAAAGCUUAUUGUUAAUCUGUUUUGUGUUAUCAA